AUGAAUCCCACGACUCUCCUUCUCUCCUUCUCCCUCCUCGUUUGCACUGGCCUCGCGGACAAGAUCUGCACCCCUAGCUUCGACUACUGCGCGAGCGAGUUGAUCAAGUCCAAGGGCUUCACAGAGGCGGACCUCAAAGAUGCACUAAAGGGCACGGAGUAUGAGAGCGCCGACCCAAACAGUAUCCUAUACCACUGCACGAACCCCGGGGCCAUUGGACACCCGAAACUCUGUCCUUCCGGAUGUGCGGACUCGGUGCAGGAGGGAAGUAAGAAGUGCUAG